AUGGUUGGAGCUCAGAUCCUCCGCUGAGCACCGGAACCACCGGAACCGCUGGGACAAGAGAACCGGAACGUGUCCAGAUGUUCUUCAGCAGAAUGAACCAGAGCAGCUUCCUGUUCGGACCCCUGGACGAGCUGCACGAGCUGCACGAGCUGGCCUUCAUCGAGAGACCGAUCCGCAGGAGUCUGAAGACGGCGGAGGAGAUCGAGCAGCUGACGGUGGAUGAAGACCUCAGUGACAUAGAGAGAGCCGUCUACCUGCUCAGUGUGGGUCAAGAGGUGCAGAGAGCCAGCGUCAUCAGCAACCUGCCGAGUCUGGUCCGACAGAAUCCCGCCGAGACGUUUCGUCGCGUCGUUCCAAAAGUCCGGGAGGUCCUGAACGGGUCUGGAGCUGAGAUCCAGCUGCUGGCAGCAGCAUCGUUCUUAACCAUCCUGCAGGACGACAUCAUCCUGAUCCACACCCACACCUACUCCAUCCUGAAGACAGUCCUGCUGCACCUGAACCACCGAGACCCAGUGGUGAGUAACGCCUGGUUGGAGACGCUGCUGUCGGCCAUCGACUCUCUACCCAAGGAGACCAUCAAACAGGAGGUGCUGAUCCCUCUCCUCCAUCAGUCUCAGCUGUCUCACCCUCUUCAUACGCGUCUCGCCAGCUGUCACAUUUUAGGAAAAGUCGCCUGCAAGUUCGAUUCCCACAUAGUGAAGAAGGAGCUGCUGCCUCUGGCUCGCUCUCUAUGUCAGGACCUGGAGUUCGAGGUCCGAGCCUGUAUGUGCCGUCAGCUGGAGAGCAUCGCUAGGGCAACAUGGGUGGACAACACCAGGACAGAGCUGCUUCCUGAACUGGUGAAGCUCGCCAGAGAUGAGGAGAGCAGCGUGUGCCUCGCUGCCUUCGACACAAUCAUCAAUCUGAUGGAGAUGAUCGACAACGAUGACAGACUCCAUGUGGUGGUUCCUCUGGUGAUGUCGGUGUGCGAGGCGUCAUCUCACGGGGAUGAAACCAUCUUGGCAUCUUUGUCGUUCCAGUUUGGGAAGCUGUGCAGUGGACUGGCAGGCUCCCUGUCAGACGAGCAGAAGGCCCGGCUGCUGCAGAGGUUCAAGCUGCUGUGUGUCACCGGUCUGCAGACUGAAGAACAACUGACAACUGACAUCAAUGAGUCCAAGCUGAUUCGCUGCAACUGCUGCUACAACUUUCCAGCCAUGAUGGUGUUUGCUGGCUCCACCCACUUCCUGUCUGAACUCUACCCGAACUUUUCCGCUCUUUGUUGUGACCCCGACGUCUGCGUUCGUAGAAGCGCUGCAGCCAGUUUCCACCAGGUGGUGAAGCUGCUCGGCUCAAACGUCCAGGUGCUUCACAAAGAGCUUCUGCUUCUGCUGCAGGACGACGCUCUGGAGGUUCUGGAUGCUCUGAUGAAUCACCUGGAGGAAACUCUGGAGGCGGUUCUGUCCAGAGGAGAGAACCUGAUGUUGGACGACACGUUCCCGGAGCUGCUGGCGGCCUUGUUGUUGGCAGAGCAGAAGGUCGGAUGUUCUCUGCGUUGGCGGCUGCAUGAGAAGCUGCUGCAGCGUUACAGCUGCCUGGCCAGACUGCUGCCUGGAGAAGUGCUGCACCAGAGCUUCUCCCCUCGCAUCUUCAUCAUCCUCACCACCAAUAAGGUGUUGCCCGUGCAGAAGGAGGCGGCUCGAACGUUCUGCACAUUUCUCCGUUACAACCGCAAACAGGAGCAGCGUCAGGAGAUGAUGGAGCGACUGAUCCAAGAUCUGGCUCAAGGGCGGAGCUACUGGAACCGACUGAGGUUCCUCGACAUCUGUCAAACAGCCACGGAGAUCUUCUCCAGGAAGUACUUCAACAAACACUUUUUGAUUCCUGCGCUGCAGCUGGUGCACGACCCGGUGGCCAACGUCAGGUACAAGCUGUGCCAGCUGUUGCCCAGGCUUCGCUCUUUGCUCCGGAUGCCGGUCGACAAACAGCUUCUGCAACAACUUGACUUCUGCGUCCAGAAGCUUCUGUGCAGAGAGACAGAUAAAGACGUGGUGGCGACGAUUCGUAAGACAGUGUUGGAACUGGACAAACUGGACCUCAAAGAACCUUUUCAUAAGAGACAGGAGAGAGACGUUCUGGACCAGAAGAAGGAGAAGGAGGAGACUCUGCUGCUCGAGAUGGAACAGCUGGAGCGACAACACGCUGACGGAAAACUCAUCGCUGAACCUCAAACGGACAGAAAACGAAGAGAAAGUAAAACCUGUCUCUCUGCAACUAAAUCCAUGUCCAUGUCCUCAUCUGGAAAUGCCUCAUCAUCUGGUAAAGAGAUGAGGAAGGCUAAACUGUCACGGAGUCGAUCCCUCAGCAGUCAGUCGACAACAACCAAACCCGCCAACUCAGAAAGACCUCUGAAGGUUAAGGAGCUGAGCAGCACAUCUGGACCCGGGAAGUCCUCCAUGUUACAGAGCAAAGAUGGCUGUUUGAGGAACGCCCACUUCACUUUGUCAACCCAGUCAAUCUCAUCCAUGCCAGUCCUGAUCCGCAGCAAUACCACGAGCCUCCUGGACCGGGCAGAAACAGGAAGUCAAACUCUUUCAGUGUCCAGUCCGGGCGAGAUUAAGAUGAUGACGUCACCGUACCUCCACCAGACCAUCAGCCAAUCAGCAGGAAGUGGGCAGUUUCAGGACAUUACCCAGAAUGCAACAGGACAUUAUCUCUGUCUUACAGUGACUAACAGAUCUACUGUAUUCAAAUGAUCUCAUCCUAUCAUCUGAUUGGUUCAGUAAACGCAACACAUUCAAACUGCUACUGUGUUCUUAUUGGUUGUUGGUUUCACAUGUCACAUGUUCUCUGUUACACGGGACAUCUGUUGGACUAGUGUCCGUCCUGGGAGACGGGUCCUCACGUGUCUCUGAGGUCUCUACCUUCUUCACCUGUUGAAGGUUUCAGUGGUUUGACUCUAGUUGAAGAUCAGAGGACGUCUCACCUUGUUAAAGACGAGGAGACAAACUGGGACCUGAGAAUAUGAGACUAUACUAAUAUAAUUUGAUUGAUGAUUGACAUGCCGACAUGUGAUUGGUCAGAUGAACAUCCUGUCAGGUUUCACAGCUGAAUAAUUUGUACUGAUGUUUUUAAUCAUAUUGAACUGGACCAAUCACAGCCAGGCGUUUCCCAGCAUGCAGUGCAGAUCCUGCUGCCUUCAGGAUUCCAGGUGAAGUCACACAGCUUUUUAAAGCUUUAUUUAAAACCUGAUUUCUUUAAUGUUCAGUUGGAAGUGACAGACACCCCCCCCCCCCCCCCCCGUCACGGGCUGUUGAGACGGUGGGAACAGGUGAUGUCACAGUGAGGUUUGAUGUCAUGUUGGUGUGUUUGUGAAAUGACUCCACAGGUAAAGUGACGUAUUUUAAUGUUUCAUAGGGAUUUACUGCAUCACAUUACAAAUAAUUAACAACAGUAUGUUUAAGUCAUGAACUCUAAAUAGUUGUGUUCAUGUGUGAUAACAUGCUCAUGAUCAUGCUAACAUGCUAACUAGCUGCAGAUUGAAACUCUAGAGGGCAGUGUUUCACUGGCUGGAUUCUUUGAGAUGUUUCCAGACUAAGUCUCAGAGAAAAUAAUAAAUAAAAUAAGUUGUUUAAAGUAAAUACAUGUUUGUGCGUCUGUAUGAAAACCAGCGCAGCGUUCAGGAACAACAGUGUUUACAAACCUUUGUGGUUCCUCACAUUAAAAGUGAAGCAGCUUU